AUGCUUCUUCUUCUUAAUAGGUUUGAUCACAAAUUAAAACUUCCUAAUCGAUUUGGAAUUUGUUCACCGACCAAAAAAAUCUAUACUCUAGAAUCACUACAACCUUUUGUUGAAUGUAUCGUGAUUAAAGAUGGAUUAAUCGUCUUUACUGGUGAUCGAACCGAUUUACAAAAAUUAUAUAUCCUUAGAAAUGCAAAUCAUGAGUCUUUUUGGAAAACAUUGGUUUGGAGGUAUCGAUCUAGAAGAUUACAGUUGAUUAGAUUACCUGAUCAUUGGUCUAUUUUACCUGGCUUGAUUGAUGCUCAUGCUCAUCCUCUCGAAUAUGGUCAGACUAAGAUGGGAGUCAACUUAUUAGGUUGUACUUCUACAAAAUGUAUUGUGGAUCGGAUCGUACAACAUAUUGAAGCUAGACCAGAUUUGAUCAAUGACCCUCAGAAGAUGAUUUUUGGUGAUGGAUGGGAUCAAACAUUAUUCGAACCACAAGAAUUUCCAACUGCAGUUGAUCUAUCUCAAGAUCCUUUAUUGAUCAAUAGACUCAUUAUCUUACGUCGUGUAGAUUUUCAUGCGUAUUGGUGUUCCAAACCGAUUUUAAAUCGAUUGAAUUUAUCAAAUUCUGAUACCAAAAUAGAUGGAGGUGAAGUUCUGGUUGAUCAAGAUGGAAAACCAACUGGAAUAUUUCUUGAUAAUGCCAUGAAUUUAAUCGAUAAGUUAAUUCCUAAAAGAACUGAUGAAGAUCGGUUAAAGUAUUUAAAAAUCACAGCAAAAGAAAUGUUAUCGACCGGUUUGACUGGAGUUCAUGAUGCUGCAGCCGAUUUAGAAACCAUUGAGUUUUAUAAACGUUUGGAUGCGAAAGAUCAAUUACCAUUUAGAAUUUAUGCUAUGGUCAAUUGUGGUGAUGAGUUUUGUGGUGAUAAGGUUCAGGUAUAUGAAGGCUUUAAACUUACGAUUAGAUGGUUUGAAUUUAUGACGUGUGGUAGGAGUGUAAAGUUGUUUAUUGAUGGUGCAUUAGGAUCUUGGGGUGCAGCUAUGUGGGAACCAUAUUCAGGCGAUACGAAUGGAAUCUUAAGAAUCGAACCUAAAGUCUUCAAACCAUUAAUGAAACGAUGGGUCAAAUCAGGAUUUCAAGUCAAUUCACAUGCGAUUGGAGAUCGAGCCAAUAGUUUAGUACUAGAUGCUUAUGCUGAAAUCUUAUCAGAAUUAGAAGGAAAUACCAAUCGAGAUGGAGAUCUUAAUGAUUUUAAAAGUUCUAAUCCAUUAAGACUUAGAAUUGAACAUGCUCAGGUUUUGAAACCGGCAGAUAUUGUAAGGAUGGGUCAGAUGAAUAUCUUGGCUAGUGUUCAACCAACACAUGCUGUGGCUGAUAUGGAUUAUGCUGAAGCAAGAUUAGGAUCGGAUAGGAUUCAAGGAGCUUAUGCAUGGAAAAGUUUACAAGAAGCAAAUGUGACAUUGGUAUUAGGUUCAGAUUUUCCAGUUUCACCAGUUUCACCUUUUUUAGGAAUUCAUGCAGGAUUAAGUCGAAAGAAACCGCUGAAAAAUGAUUCAUUACGAAAAUCAAAUCCAGCUUGGUUUCCAAAUCAAAGGAUUUCAAGUCUUCAAGACAUCAUUAAAGGAUUUACAAUCUCAUCAAGUUUUUCAAGUUUUUCUGAAAGUCAACUUGGAAGUUUAAGUCCUGGGAAGUUUGGGGAUUUGAUGAUACUUGAUUUGGAUUUGAUGAAUGAUCAAGAUGAUGAGAUUAGUCAAGAUGAUUUAGAAGAUUUGGUUUUGAAGGUUAAAGUUAAAGGAACUAUUCUUGGUGGGAAAUUAGUUUAUGAUGAUUUAAUAGGAUUACAUUGGGAGUAA